GUAAUUACUUUGACAGCGAUUCCGUAAAAAUAAAAUUGCGAUUAGUGUUCAACAAAUAGAUGGACGAUUUCGAUUUGAAAUGCCUGCCUCUAGAUUUCGUAGGGCAGUCCAGGCCCUCCAAAGUGAUCGAAGCGCUGUAUGAAAAAAAAGCUGCAGAGGAAAAAAGGGCAAUUAAAAUCUUGCACAAAAGCAAACAAGAUAUUUGCGACAAGUACGAUAGGCUGUUUAAAGAGCAAUCCACUGAGCUGAAACACGGCUUGCACGAAAUUAGGGGUUUAAUUAAAAACGAAUUGUUCGAUUCGAAGAUAAAAUCGAACCAUGAUAAUGCCAACUACAUGGAAAAACAUAAUUUUAAGAAUAUCUAUAAACGAAUUUACGACUACACCAAACAGCAGGAUGGCUUGGUGGAAAGCUUUUAUUCCAAUUCUGUAAAAUUGGAAAAGGAAAAAUCGAAAGAGUUUAGCGAUGCUUUAAAAAUAUUUUAUCAGGAAAUCAAGCGAAUAUCGAAUAGGCUACCGCACGAGUGCGAUGAGCAAAUUCAAAUGGAGCUGAAAAACGUAAAUGAGACAAUCCUUUGCAAUAACAGAAACUAUAUAGAGCUAAAGUGUCAGCUACAAGCAGAAAUCCAAAACUAUGCUAGAAAUGCUAUACAGGAACUUCGUCACAUAAAAGAUUGCUGGAUUAAAUUUCUUCGCAGCCAAUCCGAAUAUGCCUUAGGCAAUCUGAAAAAACAGUACACACCAGCAUUGUCCGAAACGAUCCAAACGCUGCAAGACAAAACGAAAGAACUUGCAGACAAUCUACGAACGGUCGAUUUGACUUCAGUCGAACAAGAUCCGAGCAAGUGGUUGAAUAAUCUAAGGCAAACCUUGGCCAAUGUGGAUCAACGAGCACAGAAAAUCAUAAUCAACUAUAAGCAAGCAGCAGUGUUAAUAUAUAACAGAUGCUUCAAUGAAUUACAUGUGAUUGAAGAAGCUCUAAGAGAAAUGUCCAAUGCGGAAGCGAUUCCCGAAGAUCAAACUGAAAUGUACACACCAGCUCUGGAGGAUAUUCGAACUCUGUACGAUGUGGAGAUAGACACCAUUCAAACGGCUUGGAAUAAAUUAGUUGAUAAAUUGACCAAAACGAUUGACAACACGUACAAUUUUCUGAAUGCGGCCACCAUAUUAUGGCAGAAACACUUUCGAAGAACCGAAGUGCUUCAACUGAUAAUGCUUAAAGAUAUGGAGAACAUGGUCAAACUCAACAAUACUCUAACCGAACCUUACGAGACCAAAAUGAACAUACUGAUAGACACUUUAAGACAAGAAGCGUCUAAGGAAAAAACACACAAGACUAUGGGCGAAGUUAUGAAACUGCUCAGUGUAAUAGAAGGACUGUAUAUGAACCAGUAUCAAUCAGAAGUGGCUGUGCCAAAGAAGUAUAAAAAUUUAUUGGAGUUGAAAGUAGACAUUCUUAUAGAGGAGGUGAAACGGUUUCUGGAAGUGUAUCCACCAGACAAAGAAAAAGACCCUAAAAUCCAAAGAAAAAGAGCCAGCCAAACAAGCGAAAUCGCAGAUCCCAACGACAAUCUAAUUCCCAAUCAGAUGCUCUAUUGCGAAUUUCAAAUCGGAGCGAUUAGCAAUUGGCAAUUUGGACUUUGGGAGUGCAUUGGUAACUAUGUGGAAACUGCUAAAACAGAAAUUAUGAAGGAAACGGACCAGUGGAUACAGAAGCACAUAAUUCGCAUGGGAAAGCGCAAAGACAUUAGACUGAACAUUCACGGAAUGCGUUUGAGGUCGAUAGAAGCUUAUAUUUACAAAGAGCGAUUGGAGGAACUUUGCAUACAUGAAAGCAGACUUGCUGAACAUAAAAAUGCAGUGGAACGACGAAUUCCCACGCUGAAUGACAUGCUUAGAUCCCUUCAAGAUUCAUUCGAUACCAUUACCAAAGAUUAUUAUAAUGCCAUUCAAGCUUUUGAAAGAAAAAGCCUAGAAUCUAUGAAUUCCUGUGCAGUAGCUUCCCUUAAACCAAUUUUAAAUGGUAAAACAGAAACAACGGAAGAAAAAAUAGAUUUGCUCGCCCAGGAUUAUCUGAGCAAAUGUAACACAUUUGCAAACAGCAUUAAAUCAUCGCACGUUGCAUUUUUGGAAAAUAUAAAGCUUUUUUACGAUGGAGGUAGUUUUUCGGCAGCAGAGGUGAAAAAUGUCAUAAAAGAGCUAGCAAAAAUUGAAGCACAAGUUGAAAAAACUGUAACAAAUGUACGAAAAGAUGUAGAGUCUAACAAGACGCAAACGCUGGCCAAAGUACAACUAAAAAGCAAUGAGUUCAAUUCUACUCUUAACACCAUUAUAGACGAGCAUAAAUUUGUGGAAAUUCUUCAAAAAAAGCAAAAAGUUGUUCAAAGAGCUUUGCUAACAGAGGUGUGUACAGUGGCACAAAAACGCAAAACACUCAAUGAUAAAUGUGAAAAAUUCAAAUUGGAAAUGCUAACACAAUGCGGAAAUUUCAGCUACUUUGAGGAAUUUGUGGAUGGCGCAACAGAUAUACUUAAAACACUGAAAAACCUGGCUCAGUGUAUGGAUGUGAUUGUACCAAUAAAAUUUUACUCGGAAAAAGGAGAACCCGCAGUAUGGAAGUCAAAUUCUACUAUGCAACAUUCUCUAAAUCCCAAUAAAAAUCACGGUCCAAUUGAACAAGAAAUAACCAAAACACUGUUCAACUUUGAGGCACAUCAGCACGAAAAUACUUACUUUGGUGAUCUAAAUAGGCUUUUACGAAAGGGUUGGGACGAAACCCUAGUAUAUGCGCAAGAUUUUUAUAACACUCAUCACAGUUUUUUUUUAAGCGAAGAUAAAAUAGCACAUCAUUAUCAUAAGCUAUUGAAUAAUCUCUAUGAAACAUACUUGAACAUGCAAAAUCAAUGCGAAACACGAAGCAUUCGUGACACAAAAGAGUACUUAUUUCUCGCUGGUAAUUAUUUGGUAUUUCUCGAAGAAUAUAUCGAGGUUUACAUUGAUGAAUACGACAGGCAGACCCUAAGAAACUUUGAGCAGUUUUUUGACACUGAAAUAAAGCAAAAGCUGCUAAAAACCCAAAGCACUAUCCGGAACCAAUAUGCUGAAAUGCAGAAGAAGCUGAAACCAUUACAUGGGCAUCCAAAUAACAGAUUAAUGUUGGAAAACUUACAAAUUGAAGCAGAAAAUAUUUACAGUGAGAGCAAAGAGCUCGUUGAGAGUAUAAAGGAGCCCUACGUUGAAAAUCUGGGAGAGGAACUUAAAAAAGAUGUUACAAACUAUUUUGCUGUGCAAGAAUUAAUACCAGAAGUUUCUCAGGAAAUGCAAAGUUUGAAAAUGGCUGUAGACGAUUUGGACGCAAAGCUCAAUGAAAAAGUUGACCUGCUAAAAGCCAUGGUAAAUUACAGCACAAUAGAUUCUACGUCUAGAUACAACCACUCAAUUCUUGGACAUUGCAAAUCUUUCUUAAUUGAUUAUGAUUCAAGAUUAAUAGAAUAUGACCAAACGGUCCCCACGCUAAUUUUAAAAAACGAAAACGGCAAUUCAAUACGUGAAUCACUAUCAAAGGACACACUUUCUAACUCAACAGCCUCUUCAAAUCGACUUUCUCUAGAGAGCGGUUGCAGUUCUCAAACUGAUGACUCGGAAUUUUACGACCCUUUUCUAACUGAUCUGAAAGAGAAGUAUAACAAAUAUUGUAAGGAAGUUGAAAAUAUGAACUUUGAAGAACUUCUCGAAACUCUCAGACUCGAAUGGUCUUGCGCUGUGUCAAAAGUACUCAGUUUAUACACUGUAAAGUAUGAUCAAUUAUAAUGUAAAUGGAU